AUGACAGUAUGGACUGUGUUUCUGAAUCUGCUGGUGAUCAUCUCCAUCUCUCACUUUAAGAAACUUCACACUCCAACUAACAUGCUUAUUCUCUCUCUGGCUGUGGCUGACCUGUUUGUAGGACUUAUUGUCAUGCCCUUGGAGGCGAUUAGGUUAAUUGAAACAUGUUGGUACUUUGGAGACACUAUCUGCAGACUGUUUAUAUUAAUCUUGGGAUUGCUCCUCAAUACAUCUUUGAGUAAUUUAGUUUUAAUAGCUGUUGACCGUUAUGUGGCUGUUUGUCACCCUCUGCUGUACCCACAACAAAUAACAAUGACUAGAACAAUGAUUAUUAUCUGUGUUUUCUGGUUCUGCUCUUCAGCUUAUAACGUUUCAUUAAUUAUAAUUACCUCACAAAGAAAAUACACAUGUUAUGGAGAAUGUACAAUUAUAACGACUUUUGCACUGAUAAUCAUUGACCUGUUCCUGUCUUUCCUAUUUCCUUGUACCAUCAUUAUAACUUUAUAUUUGAGAAUCUUUUAUGUCGCACAUCAGCAGGUUAAAGUUAUAAACUCUCUGAUGAGGAGUGGAAAACAUCUAACAGAAGGUUCAGUGAGGAGGAAAUCUGAGAGCAAAGCCGCUCUGACAUUAGGAAUCAUUGUGACGGUUUAUUUGUUUUGCUGGAUUCCCUAUUAUAGCUUAACUCUAACACCAAACACAAGAAUGACUUCUGUUAUAGCCUAUUUCAUGUUAUGGAUGUUGUAUAUUAAUUCAGCUCUGAAUCCUCUCAUCUAUGCUAUAUUUUACCCCUGGUUUAGAAUGUCAGUUAAACACAUCCUAAAUCUAUCAAAAGUUUUGGUGAGCAUGUCACAUGGUGACUUAGGGCGGAACCAAAAUGGAGAGGAGAGGUUCCGCCCGGACCAAAUUUUUCAAACACCGGAUUACUUCCUGGUUCUCCGUGGCAGCGUAAAUCAAGCUAAACUCAUUACAGCGGCCGACUCACCCUAUAAGCCUACAGUGGGAGAGAGAGAGAGAACCAGAGCCCGUUACUGUGAGAAACUUACCUGUGUGCGGCCGCUCGUGAGUAGUUUGAGCCCCAGUGUUGAGGUUAACCCUUGUGUUGCCACUGCCAGCCUAAAGCAGGAGAAAGAGAGAGAGCAGCAGAGCCUGCGACUGGGAGAUACUUACCGCGUGGUUACCAGAGGAAAGGAGGGCGCCACGGGAUCAACAAACCAAGGCGGAAGAGCCUUACCUGCUCGCCUUUCCCCUGUCCCCUCAGUGUCUCGGAUCCCAGACACCUGGCCCCAUAGGCCCCCUCCCCCUGCUACGUAUCACGGCCCACCUGGAGGGCAGAACAGAGGCCUUUAG